AUGGAAACUCAGGGUCCAACACACCUCUCUCUAGCCGCCCCGCCACGCCAACACGUGGCAUGUCACCUAUGCAUCAAACCCUCCACAAACAUAACCGCAGCCUUGAUUACCAAACCAGCUUCACUGCUUCUCCUUCUCCUCCUAGAUUCUCUGAUUUUGGCGGCCACGGCCAUGGCCAUCAGCCUUUCCUUGAUCUUGAAUCUCAAAAUGUCUCUCCCCAAUUUGAGAUUACAGAAUCUGAAACCAACAACAGUCAGCAUCCGCAUGCUGACGUAG